UUUUUUGUGUUCAAUGCUAGCAGUAGCAUACAUAUAAGCAACAACAACAACAAGUAACCAAUGCCCAGUGCCAAAUGAAAAACCAACGAAAUGAAUAUUUAAAUCAUCGCAUUAAAAAUAACUUGUGAAAAAAAUAAAUAAAAUUCGAAAACAAAAAAAAAAUAAUGUGCUCAAAUGAAAUUAAAAAUUCAGAAAGUAGCAACAACAAGAAAUUUCAAAAGUAAAAAUACUGUGCAAGAAAGUGUGUGAACGACAAAGUCAUAUAUACAUCUAUAUGUACAUAUAGACAUAUUUGAAAUUUGACAAAAAUAACGCGAUUUUGGGGUGGUGCGCCGGCUAAGGCAGCGACGAAAAGCGCAACGAAAAAAGCAAAAAACAAAAAGUUGCCCAGUGGAGAACUGCAAAUGAGCGCGCAUUUCGCGAAUACAGCGUGUAUGGAAAAUUAGAAUUCAACGCCAAAUUCACACACACAAACAUAUGUACAUGUAUAUAUAUAUAAGUGUGUGAAAAUAAAUUUAUUCGCAAAUCACAAAGCAACGAACGACGAGCUUGCAUAAAUACAUAAUCAAUACUCACACACACACACAUAUAUACAAACAAACACAUAUGUAAUUUAAAUAUAUUUAUAUAAAUAUAAGUACACAGUGCAACACACCUUGCUUAACAGCAGCAAAUACAAGUGCACUCACCACGUGUAAAUAAUUUUUAUAAAAUUAACGAAACGCAAAAACAAAAAACAAAAAAAAACAACUUUUUUGUUGGCACUGUGUUUGUGCGCGGAUGUAUGUAUGCCGUAUUUCAUCAAAGUGACCCGAAAGUGACGUCAAAUAAUUUAUCGUAUCCAAUCGCAUAAUGGAGGAGAGAAAGGAGGAGAAGAAACACCGGAAACGCAAUGGCAAGCCUCGCCGCGUUCAACACCAUCCCUGGGACGAAGUGUCAUUACCCGGUGCUGGAACUAGUCCGACAGCCGAGCAACAGACCAUACUUGAAGUGCUCAACAAUAAGCCAAUACAACAACAACAGCAACAACAAGACGUAACGGAGGCAACGCCAACUGCAACAGCUACAACAACAACUGCCGGUUCUACAAUAGCGACAGCGACAGCGUCAUCCUCAGCACCAGCCGAAGGCGCCGCAGACGCUGCAGUUAAUGUUACGACAAACGAUGAGAAUGCAACGAGCACAGCAGUUAAUGUGCCGUUAAACGAGGUGGAUGCAUUCAAUGCCGAUGAUCUAGUCAGCAGUCAAAGCACAAUCAAUACGGAAAGUAGUUCUUCUAGCAACGAAAGUGCAACGAGUCAAAUACCGAAUCCGGCAGUGACGUCAACGCCGGCGACAGAGGAAAGUACGGAGCGUUCAACGAACACUGCUACUGUAGGUGACACAGCAGCGACGAAAGAAACGAUUACAAUUCAACCGAUUGCCGUCGAUAGGCAAUGCAGUGCGAACAGCACCAGCAGCAGCAGCGCCGAUCAGGGUCAUGUACUUGAUAUUGAAUCUCAUUUGAUUGAGACAUACAACGAUUAUCAAGCGGCCGACGAUAGUGUUGGUAUUAACGAAUUACCACCUCAGCAUGAUGAACUGACAGUGGGUUCGUCGAAAGUUGAGACGGAUGCGAAUGUACGAACGGUGAUUGAAGUGGAGCCGGUUGGUGCGAUACCGAAGAAACACAUUGAGAUUUUGUUGCCGACAAGUCGUGUGCAGCGUGCCGAAAGUGAAUCGGAAAACGUUGAGGACAUCAAAAUUGCGUCCGAAGUUAUAGCGGCAAGUUUGAAUGGCAAGGUAGACGAAGCGAUAGAGGAAGAAGAAGUAGUAGAUGAAACAGAAGCAGAAGAAGUAGACAGUGAAUUUUCUCUACCCAGUGAGCCAAGUGAUGCAAUAAAAGCGACUGCAGAGAGGCUAGUCAACGAAAUAGAACGCGAAGUCUUGGAGGCUUUGAGAAAGAACGAAGAAGCGCAAAAUCAAGCAGAAACUGAGGCCGCCGAAGCCGCAGAGACACAAAACCAAGCAAAAACUGAGGCCGCCGAAGCCGCAGAGACACAAAGCCAAGCAAAAACUGACAGCUCCGAAGCCUCAGAGACACCAAAACAAACAGAAACUGUGGCCGUCGAAUCCUCAGUAACCGAAACAACAAAAACACUUAACAACGACGCAGUACCAGAAGAAGCGUGCGUAAUAGAAGAAAAGACUGAACAAGCCACAACCUUAUUAGAUGAAAUAAGCAACUCAUUAACGCAAAAGGUCGACGCACAAUUAUCCGAGGUAACUAGCAUAUUAAAGUCAUCGAAAUCCAGUCACGCUAAUGGUGAUGUCGAACGAACGCAACACAACGAGCUUAAGAUUGUGAAUGUGCCUUCGCCGAAGACGCCAUUGGAUGAGGAGGAGCGUAAACGGUUUUUAGAGUCUUUACCGCAUUUGGAUAGUAACGCUGAGGCGCAAAAGCUUGCCGACGAUUGUAAACGUGAAUACUAUCAGUCGCUGAAGAAGUACCUAAUACAAAGUCAAGCAGAUCGGCCACCUGUACCGUUACAGACUUAUCGUUGGGAGGAUUUGCGGCGUGCCAAGGAAAGAGGCGGCUACCCGUGGACACAUUUAUACAAGCGACCACUCGGCACAGACGAGGAACCCGAAAUCGUUUUACUUUUACGUAAAUCACAGGAAUUUCGUUUUCUUUCGGAAUCACCGAAGUCGCUGAAGAAAGUACGCAUUGAUGAGCAAGUUGUAGUCAAGCAACCCGAACGUUAUAUACAAGAGCUUUCGGAAACCGAAGAGGAUUAUCCACAAUCCGCGCCUGAAGACGAAGAAACACAUAGCUUACGCAGCGAAAGUAUUUCUUGUGUCUCCGACUCUAUACUUGCCACUGGGAAACCACGCAAGUCAACGCGUUUAGAUAAGAUACGGGGUUAUUUGAGGCGACGCAAAGGCGGACGCACCAACGAAGACGCACAAUCACUGCCUUGCGCCUCCAAUAGCAGUAGUAGGCGACAUAGUCAGGAAAAUUUAGCGGCGCCACAACCAAAUCCACAAAUUCUUGUGAACGGCAAGAGCACCGAGCAAAAGCAUUGUUAUCCCAUAAUGAAAAAACUGAAAAGUAUGGCAGAUCGCCAAAAGAAACGCUUGAAUAUAAAGCGUAUUCACUUGGGCAAAGAUGAGAAGAUUGUGCUUGGCGAAGAAACGAAAAUUUUGAAAUUGAAAAAAUCACCGAAAGCAGAACGCGGCGAAAUACCACAUUUCAUAGAGAAACAAGAUUCUGACGAUGUGUUGGAGAUAAUGGAAUUGGAUGAGUCGCCAAGUCGUAAGCGUAGAGAUGAUGGCCGGCAAGAUGAAGAGCGGUCGGAAGCUGCCAACGGCAUACAAGAAGAUAAUGAACAAAUGGAUACAAAUCAGAGCGAAGCUGUUAGUAUUGUUGUACCCGAUGAGAUCAUAGAGAUACCGCAGUCAGUGGAAGAAAACAGUGAACUACCCACUACUAGUAAGGAGGCUGUCUCAACCGAAAACUUACAGCAGACAGAAGAAAUUGAGGCUGAGGUCACUGCAGUUGAGGUUCCCACAAACGCCGCACCACCAAAGAAGGCGCCACGUCUACGACGAGAGCAUGUCUAUGAGGAAAUCGAAUCCGAUUUGCCGCCAGAAGUUUUGGCCCAACCCUCACCAACGGAUGUGGGUGUUUUGGAGCUAGGUGGUAUUGAGACGCUCAAAGAAUCACUGGCGAAGCAGGACAGCUCAGCUCUGAGGCAUAUUGAAGAGGGUAUAAAGCCAUUGCCGCUUGAUCGCAUGGGUAGCAGUGAGGAGGAACAAGUAGCCGCAGCUACUGCCGCCGCUGCAGCUGAUAAACCCUCCAUUAAUUUACUGGCGCCACUAUCUUCCGUCGACUCCGCGUCAUCGGAUGAAGACCGCAAUCGCGCACAACUCUCACCCGUCACGGAGGAAAGUGAUGCGGCCAGUGUUGAAGACAAUCUGCGUAUUGUUGAUGAUCACGAACCGCUCGAUCUGAAGCCGGCUAUUAAGAAAGAGGCCUCACCCGCGCCCUCAGACAAGAAGGUGACCUUCUCGCAUGUGGAAGACGAAGCGGAACCACAUCGGGAAGAUAUCGAAUUGCCAACGGAGGUGCAGGAAGCCACACAAGAGGCCGCACAGCGCAAGAGAUGGACGAAUAUGAGUGAUCAUGAGUACGAGCCGAUCGCAGCACCCGCCGAAGAAGAGCAAGCUGCGGCGCCACAGUCACAAACUGAAAAAUCAGAUCUCGCACGAAAGAUUGAGAAAUUGCACGAAGAUAUCAAAGACACCGAAGAUUUUCAGCGAGAUUUGGAGGAGCGUUACUUAAGUUCCGAAGCGGCUACGCCACGUACAGAGUCCCGUACUGAUAAUGAAAUACAUACUAGUCAAGUUGAUUCAAGUGCCUUGGAAGAGCUGCCGUUGAAGCCGGAAAAGAAAGGCUUCAUGGCCAGCGCACAAGAUCGCACACGUAAAAUGCAGGCCGGUUUAAAGAAUCAAGCCGGCAAAAUUAAGACCAAAUUACGUACACCCGCCAAGAAACCGGCAUCGUCGAGUCCGAAAGCUAAGGAGCGUAAACGUUUUAAGGCGCCCGAAUUCUCGAAAAUUAAAAUGCCGGAAAUUAAACGGCCCGAUAUGUCGAAAUUGAAAGACUUCAAACGUCCAGAGUUCACGAAAUUCAAUAAGCCUGACAUGUCAAAAUUCAAAUUACCCGAGAAGUUCACGACAUUGAAGCUAAAAAGAUCGAAAUCGUUUAAGGAGAAUGAGACGCAGGAUGAAGAUAUGGAAGUGACCACACAAGAAACAGAGGCCGCGCCUGGAGCACAGCCACAAAAAAAGAAGUUUGACUUCAGUUUCGGCACCUACCCCAGAGCAUUUCGUAAGAAGAAACCGCUAGAUACACAAGCAUCACUCGGUACUGAGGCGGACACCGCAGGCGUCAGUGUAAUACCGAGCACUGAAACGCAACCCUCGCAGGAAUCCUCCAAUUCACCGCAGGGAGAUCGCGGUCCCGGACCUGUGCGCUCGCGUUGGGCAGAUAAAUUCUCCGAUGUCAGCUAUAAUGAUAGCGAGGGUUCACGUUAUCGCCGUUACGGCAGUGAACAGGAAAGCUUCGACCGCGAAUCAUCACUAGAGCGCCGCAUGAAAGAUGAUUUGGAAGAGACAGAGAGUGAGGCACAAGAGAUGGGUAUAUUGGGUGGCGUUGCUGAUACCAAGCAGUUCGCAGAAUUCGAUGAAGAGAAUCGCGCCAUACACGAGAUAUCGAAAUUGCGUGCCGGUGAAUUCCGUAGACGUCCGAUGGUGCAUCAAGACUCCGAUCUGCGCUCCGAAGAUAGCAAAGAUGUGGAGGGUUGGACCGAAAAAGAAAUUGAAAAGAAUAAACUGUUACGCAAAGCUGAGUUAGAGGCCGAGGCGAGUUACUUAAAAUAUCCCUCCGACGAUGUAUUGCCACAAGAAACGCAAUCCACCGCGAGCUCUGGCAAGAAAGUCGUAAUGGAGGAAAUUGACGACGAUGAGUUUUUCCUACGCAAACGUGGCGUCUCCGAAGACAACAUCGAAUUGCGGCAGUAUAUAAGUAAUGCGAUACGUGAAGGUUACGAUCGGCCGAUAAAUGCAUUGGAACAUGUUGGGCAAGUCAGCGAACGCAUAGAGUAUAGGGACUAUGAUGUGCCACCACCGAAACCUAAGCGGUUAAACAAAAACUAUCGUUCACAAGAUGUGUCGCAAGAUCUCGAAUCGCAACGUAGCGAGUAUGGCGAUGAUCUGUCGAUGUCACAGAAUGGCAGCGACUACUUCAAUACGCCUAAGCGACCAUUACGUAAGGGACGCAGUCGCAGCAAAUACUCUAUGGAUAGUCAAGAUUUUCCAGUAGCCGAACAUAUACGACACGAACCAUAUUUCGACGAUGACGAGGAAUAUUUACGACCACCACGCAACAGUUAUAAAGAAGUGGAAAUUAAUGACUUAGAUAUAGUGGGCAAACAGGUCUUCCCAGCCGAACCGGAGGGUGUCAACGAUGGUGUGCCAGCGCCACAAGCGCCCAGACGUCGCAAACGUGAUACUACGCGAGACAAUUCAAUGGAUAAGGAUUCGUAUAUGAACGGUUUCGGUGGUCGAUCGGUAUCGAAUAGUCGUUUACAGCCAACCGACGAUGUAAUAGUUUAUCGCACUGAACACGAAUAUCCUAAUCCACUCGGCGAAACGGAAAAAUUCGCACCAGCGUUGGAAACUCGUAAAUCAAGAGCCACAACGCGAUACGAUGAAGACGAUCGCACGUCACGUGGCGCCGAUUCGCUGGGUUACGAUGACCAUGACGAAGCGCUAGCCGAUCGUGACUCGAAUGUGGACAAGGACAAGUACAUAAUCGAUAUGAUGGAGAACGAUGGCUAUGCGAUCGUCCGUAAAGAGCACUUGCCAAAACCAACGCCGCCAGCUCGCCGUAAGAAGUUCACACGUUCGCCCGGCGAACGAUUUGCCUCUAUAUCCAGUGGCUCUGCGAAGAGCAGCACGCCGCCACCCGAGCGUCCGCCACCACCCCGCGCAUACACACCGUCCACAAUGGAGGAACCAGUGCCGCCGCGCCGCAAAUCCAUUACUAGUUUAGAGGUGGCGCCGCAAAUACUGGAGGAUGAUUACGAAGAACCCGAAGCCUUGCAGCACGAGCGUCCUGAAUCACCACGCGAUUUGCAGUCCGGUGAGAUUAUAAAUAAAAUGAAAUUCCGCCCAUUGCCACCGCCACCUCGUCCACCGCGUGAAAAGCGGCAACGCGCCGAAAGUAAAAGCUCGGCGCAUAGUGCUUUCGCUUCUUUUCACGAACGCGAGUUUGCCGAUGAAAAAAUUGCGACCUCAUCCACUGCGGAUAGUUACGAUCCGACCGAUGUCGAUUUGGAAGAGGAGGAAACUCGCCUACCCGAAGUGGAGGUGUCGACGCAAACCGAUCCGUUACCAGACGACUUCGAAUGCGAAGAAUUCGAAAUCACCGAAGAUAUGCGCAUCAUUGAGCCGCGUAUAAAUAGUAUGCGCAAGACCUUAGAUGAAUUGCUGCGUGAGGAGGAGUUGAAGUUGAAGGCUACCGAAGAGGCGGUCGCCGCACCACCCACUGAAGAAGAGCAGUUGGCGCGUGGUUUGCAACGUUUCCGCGAUGCGAAUCAACGCAGCAUGUCAGAGCGUUCGCGUGCCUCCUCGCAGGCCGAUCGCUCCAAGUCACAAAGUCGGCCACAAACACCCUCCGCUGUAGUGAUCGAACGACGCGUUUCCACACCCAUACCUAGUCAACAGGCCGAGACCAUGUUGGAGGCCUCAUUGAUUGUGCGACCAAUUGACGAUUUGGACCUCGAAGAGGAAGCGCUGCGUAGAGAGGGACUGCUUACGGAUAGCUCACAGCAGAGUAAAUCCGAUGUGGAGGCAGAGACAUCGCACGGUGAAGAGGAAGAGUCCAAGCAUGCAAUUAGCGACUACUCAAUCGGACCGAGCUCGGAGGAACUAAAUGCCGCGCUUGACGAACUUCGCGCGCAACAAGCUGAUAGCACAUAUGAAGAGGAGAAGGAUGAUAGUGACGAGGCUGAGUUGAAAGAAUAUGCCAGGGAAUAUGAAAAGAGCUCAGCAGAAGGAACACUUGCGAGAAGAAGUUACGAUCGUUAUGCCGAAGAUGAAACGUCUGCGAAAGAAGAUGAAGAAGAGCUGGAAUUAGAUUUAGUGGAGACGAAAGAAGAAGAAACGCAAGAAAUCCAAACAGAAAGUGAGCAGUACGAAGUGUCAACAGUCGCUGACGAAGAUCUAGAGAAAAUAAGCGAAAUCGAAGAAGCGCCAACGGAAGAUGAAGAUGCACAGAAAGUAAGCGAAAUCGAAGAAGCGCAAACGGAAGAAGGGGAGAGCGUAGCGCACACAACAACAACCGAAGAAGUGACAGAAGCCUUGUUACAAGAUGAACCGUUAGGUUUCGAAGUAAAGCCUGAAAGUCUAGUGGAAACACACGACACCACCGACACCGCUACAGUGGUGGUCACAGAAAGCAUCGAGGAACCAACGGUAUUUGAGGAACCACCACUACCCCCACCACGUCGCAAAUCGACCACAGCAGUUGAGCUGCCGCCCACACUAGCUUUGUUGGAGGAAGCUUCGAAGGAACUAACACCCGUCCCAACCUUAGCUGCGGCGCCAACAACGCCAACUCAACCUCAGCUGCCAGCACUUCUCGGCGAUCUUGAGGUCGAACGCCUGCGCGUGCAUGCGCUGCAAGCCGGACAGAUAAUGGUCUCACAGCUGCAUGGCGCGCAAAUAUCCGCCGAUGAGCUGGAGUGCAAAUCUGGCAAUUUGAUUGUGAAAAAUAUUGCCUUGCCCGAGGGUUUCAUUGAGGACAUUGUGGAGCGUGUGCGCACUACCGAUCGCAGUCAGCUCUUAACGGUCGAAACACAAACUAGCUUACAAGCCAGCAGCGAGGAGCGUUCACCAGUGCGUGAAGUCAUACCGCCACCGAAACCGCCGCGUCAACGCGAUUUGGAAGCCGUCAAGCGACCAGCAGCAGACAACAGCGAUGAAAUCGCGCUGCAACAGCUAAGAAAUUACGAUGAAGAAACACAAACUGACCCCUUGGCAUAUCCAGCACAUAUGACCGUCCCACCGCCAGUCUACGCCACAACCGAAUACCUGCAAUCAUUACCACCGCUAAGUUACUAUAAUCUACGACGCGCCGACGAACAGCAACCAUACAGCGGCAGCGCCGAAGACAACGCACAACAAAGAAGACCACAUCCGCAUCACCACCAUCAUCAUCAUCGCCACCAUCGCCGUUGUGAUUCGUCAUGCUCGGAGUGUGAAGACUACGAUGACUUGGGUGAGCGCGAGGAGACACGUUCGCGUUCGCACAGCCGACGUUCGCGCAGCAGCACACGUCCACCAACCGAACCACAGACCGUUGCAAAGGCGGGCAAACAAUUCAUGUCGGCCUGCAGUCUGUCGCUAGUGCAAUUAUUGAAUCGUGUGACUGCUGCCAUACGUGGCGCUGCGGCGGAUAAGAAUGCCGAAGGACAAGUGCAUCAUAUACCCACAUUGGUGGCGCUUUUCGUGGUCAUAUCAUUCACGCUGAUUGUGUAUAUGCUGGCGGGCCGCAAUGUGCACACACACCAUUGGGACUUCUUCAAUCCACCUGGAAGUGGUGCACGCCAAUCGUAGAAGUACUCCUCGAGGGUGGAGUUAGUCUUUUUUAGUUCCUCUUUUUGCAGGCGUCGUAUGCGUUUUGCCCAAAAAACCAGAAGCGUGUGCUAAACGAUCGUUGUUGUUGCAUUUUAUGUUUUAUAUGGAAAUUUGAAUAUGUACGAAAAAUACAUAAAAACUUUUGGAACCGUUAUAGAGUACAUAAACAAGAGUUAUGAA